CCGGGUUGGUUCAGACGCGCAGAGGCUCCUCAAAGCAUCUUCACUACUGCAGCGCUGGCUUCAACUUACACCUGCUUUCUCCCUGUUUUUUUAAAUAACUGGCAUUAUUAUUACUGGCUCCAUAGAUAUUCUUUUUGUUUUACACUGAAACUAAAAGCUGCAGGUCGAUCAGCGGGAGAAGAAUUCAACAAAAACACCGGAAAAAUUGACGGGAUUUGUUCUUGGAGGAUGUGUGGUAUGGAUGUGGACCUGGAUGACGGGGGCUCUGGCGAGGAGGAGAAAGAGGAAGAGCUUUGGAUGGGGGAGGGAGUGAAGAUGCUGCCCCCGCCCGUGGCCCACAGUGGGGGCAGUGCGUGGGGCAGUCGGCGGGGUCGAUGUGGCUGUGUGGCGUGCGGGGCGGGUCUCGUCCUCUGGAACCUGUGUGUGGUUUUAGCCAGCGCUCUUCUCCUUGUCAUGGUCUUCUCCGUGGUGCUGCUGCCUGCCAUGCUGCUGCUUUAUGUCGGCUUCCUCUGCCACUCCAGGGUCCUUGACGCUAACUCUGCCAUUUGCCGUUACCUAGACGACAACAGCUGCUCCGCCCUCAUUAUCCUAGGCUUUGUUAUGAUGUCACCGCUCGUGGUUGUUGCGGCCGCCGUCUUCUGCGGGCUACUCCGAAGGUUUCGACUCCUGCUUCUCAUUCAGCCAAUCACCCACGCUUGGUACCGAGGGUGGCUUCUUGACUGGGCGGGCAGCGUCCAUGCCUGGGUCUGAUCCUUGCGGAGGACUCUGAUGGUCGGGUGUAUUACCUUUUGGUCGAUAACAAUGUGAAAUCAAUCAGAGAGACAACGGGGUAGACAAAACAACAGAAACACCUCCAUAUGUAAUCAAUCAAAUGCUGAGUUAGUGGAAAAAACAGAUUACACCAUGUUAAAUGACUAAACAUUACUCACAUAGUA